UCUAUCCCCGUCCGCCGCACAGCUGGAGAUGGAGCGCUUUUACAGGUAGUGGCCCCGCCCCCUGAUUUCCGCCGCCCGGGCUGCUAGUGCUGUUGCUGACGGCUCUCAGCGGAAUGGCCGGGCGGACGGACCGGGCUCCGCUGCUCGACUGGGCCGAGGGGCCCGGGGUGAGUCCCGCCCCAGAGCCCGAGCAGGUGGAAAAGUGGCCUAAGAAGUAUGGGGCCAGCUGGAGGAGACUGCCGCCCGGAGAGCUCUCCCCUCUGCCUCAGCUGGAAGACGACCAUAUCGUGGCUGUGUUUGUGGUCACAUUCGAUCCCAGGAGCGGAAAUAUUGUGGAAUGGUGUCUGCCCCAAGACAUGGACUUGGAAGGGGUGGAAUUUAAAUCGAUGGCCAGCGGAUCUCACAGGGUACAGUCUGAUUUCAUUUACUUUCGGAAAGGCAGCUUUUUUGGCCUGGCUUGCUUUGCCAACAUGCCGGUGGAGAGUGAGCUGGAGAGAGGCGCGCGAAUGAAGUCUGUUGGUAUACUGUCCCCUUCCUAUACACUGCUUUAUCGCUACAUGCACUUUCUGGAGAACCAAGUUCGGCACCAGCUAGAAAUACCCGGUCACUACACUCCAUUAGAGGCCUUCUAUGAAGACAAGAAGGGAAUCCUGCCCCCAGGGGUCAAUGCCCAGGCCUGCCAGCCUACGGUACACUGGUUGUCCACAGUACACAAGCAUCUGUACCCGGAGAUGAAGAUUACUCACCCUGCUGGUUGCAUGUCUCAGUUCAUUAAGUUCUUUGGAGAGCAGAUCUUCAUCCUGUGGAAGUUUGCGUUAUUACGGAAGCGAAUCUUGAUCUUCUCCCCUCCUCCUGUGGGAGUGGUGUGCUACAGAGUUUAUUGCUGUUGCUGUCUUGCAAAUGUCACUUUACCGGGUGUGGGAGCCACAGCUCCAGAGGCAAAGCCUUUCUUCUAUGUAAAUGUAGCGGACAUAGAGACCCUCGAUGAUGAGGUGUCCUACGUGGCAUGUACUACAGAGAAGAUCUUUGAGCAGAAGCAAGAACUCUAUGAUGUCUAUGUAGACAACCAGAAUGUGAAGACUCACCUGGAAUGUCUGCAGCCACUGCUGAGGAUCAACAGCGCUGAUAAAGAGAAAUACCGACGGCUCAAUGACCAACGGCAGCUUCUGAUGUACACACAGGAAGUGGAUGGAGACUGCACAUCGUGUGAGGAGGACCUGUUCAUCCUCUUCUUUAUGGAACAGAAUAAUCGAAUAUUCCAGACCCUCCUGGAGGUGGCGGCCAGUCAGGAUAAGACUCUAACAGCAGAUCAUGCCCGGAGUAUGGGCCUGGACCCACAGGGUGACCGUAACUUUCUUCUGGACCUUCUAGAAGUUUAUGGUUUUGACCUCAUGUUGGUCAUUGACAACCCAUGCUGUCCCUAACGUCGCACAGGACUCUGGUGAGCUGUCCGGUGCCUCUUAUGUAAAUACCUGGAUGUAUUAAGGCUGGGAAGGCCGGACAGAGAAUUCAGCCAACAGGGGCAGAAGCAGAACUAACAUCUUAUAAGAUCGUUAAUGAUGGCGUUGUGCAAGUUCUGGGACUCAUAGAUGGUUUCAGCUGGCAAAAUGUGAAGAUUUUCAGGAUAACUGAAUAUUGGUUACUAGGUUGUGGCUCCCUCCAUGCAGUGGGGUAACGACGUUAUAGGUUUGGUUGUGAGAUUGCAGCCUAAAGAUUCAUGAAGAACCAGCGAUGGGACAGGGUCGUGACCAUUUCAUUUCAAGUGGAAAGUGACAGCAAACAUUUUUCCAUUCUUGGCACAAAGGAUGAUUGAAAAGGUUUCCACCUUUUGCACUGUAACAAGUUGCACCCUACAAAUUUAAUCCAAAGGGGAAGCUGCAGCUAGGGCUACUUUUGGGAGUUUAAGCUUUUCAAGUAUUCAACGUGUAAGAGUAAUCGUAAGAAAAUGCAGCAUAAAUGAAGGGUUAACACUGGCCAGACUGCAGCAUGCUGAGCUCUUGGCAUCCUCCCCACCUGCCUCUACUAGGAUCUUGGCCUUUUUCUAAAUGGUUCGCAAUUAUGCUUCAUGGUGUUGGGUUAUGUUGCCCUUAUGCAAAUUCUUGAACAGUUUAAACCCUUGAUGGUAUUCAUAACAUAAUUUUGUCUUUUAAAAUGGAGAGCCUGUGGGCCUAUAAAUACUGUGGUGUUGUGGUAACCUGCACAGCAAUGCACGUUAAAUGCUUUGGUGUGAUAAGGCGCCAUUUGUUUAAACAGACCUUACCCAUGGAGGUUAUGGCACUGCACCUAAGUGUGUUGUGCUGUCACAAAAGGUGCUUGUAUCAUUAUUUGGGCAAUGUACGUUGGUGUAUCACGUCUGUUGGCAACUUGCAUUGGGCGGAUUUUCAAAUGAAUAGCACCAAAGCAUUUAACGUGUGUUGCAAUAAAGCAUGCAUUACCGCAACACUAUAGUGUAAUUGCAUCCUGUGCCUUUUAA